AUGAAGGGACUUCAGAAUGGUAUUCCCAUCGCGAUGCUGGCUGCGAUGGCUAGUGCCCAGGGGCUCGGUGGACGCCCCACGGUUGAUACCGGCAACGGUGUGGGAGUAGGCUUCAGUAACCAGUUCUCCAACGAGGUGGACAACUUCAACAAGGACGACCACUCCGCCGAUGUGCACACCGAGACCAACAUUAUCAAGGCCCCGCCCCACCCUCACGGUGGUCCACAUGGCCCGGAACAUGGUGGCCACGAUGGUCACGGAGAAGGGGAGGGAGCACACGGACACCAAAAGCGCGGCGGUGUCAUCGACAGUGGUAACUCGGCGAGCUUCGACUUUGACAAUGAGUUUACCAACGAAGUGAACAACGCCAACCUUGAUGACCAUUCACUCGAUGUUCAUAAGAACACCAAUAUUGUGACACCUCCACCUCAUCCUCAUGGACAUGGCGGACACGGACCCGAGCAUAAACGCCGGGACGAGGAAGAGCCACACGGACCGUCAACGAUUGACACUGGUAACGAUGCAGACUUCACUUUCACGAACGAAUUCCACAAUGAGGUGAACAACUACAAUGGGGACAACCACUCAGUCGACGUGGACAAGCAUACAAACGUUCACGUCGCACCCCCUCACGGCGGUCCUCAUGAGUCGCAUGGCCACGAUGGUCAAGAGGGCCACCACAAACGUGCGUAUCGACCAGACGCCGACUCGGCUGCUGAACCUGGUACGGUGGACACUGGGAACACAGCCAACACGCAAGUCUCGAACUCGGUUGACUCGAAGACCAAUUCCGCGAAUAUUGAUGACCACUCUGUUAAGGUGCACUCUGACGUCAACGAAACCGUUGGUGCACCUCACCAUCAUGAGCACCAUGAGGGUGGGCAUGAAGAGCCUGGCGAGAAUCAUCAGGAAGAACCGUCAGAGCCUGCUGACGAUCAGGAGGAACCUUCGAAGCCGGUUGAACAUCAACCCGCCCAGCCGGUGGAACACCCUGAGGAGGAGCAUAAGGAGCCUGUUCCUACGUGCACCACUUUGACUCGCGAAGUGGUGCACACCGUUGUCCGCACUUUGCAGGGCCACUCUGAGGCCACACACGCUCCCCAGCAGCCGGCGGAGGUGAACACUCCCGCUGCUCAACCUGAGGAACCUAAGGAACAUGGAGAAUCCGGACAUGGCGACCCCAGCCAUCAAGCGGAGACCCCCAAGCCGACAGGUUCUGAAGGCUCUCACCAGGAGGACUCGGGACAUGCUGAGCCUAGCCAUGAAGCAGAGAGCCCCAAGCCGACAGGUUCUGAUGGCUCUCACCAGGAGGAAUCCGGACAUGAUGACCACAGCCCAAGGACACCCCCAAG